UGGAAAGGACCUUGGAGGUUGGGUCAUUGCCUCUGUUUAGGAGAGUUGGGGCUGGGGAGAAGAGACCCUGGGUGGUCCUAACAGAAGGAGGGAGUGUCUCUCCCCACUGAGCCAAGUCAUCCUGCCUCUUGACUAAGGUCAGAGGCCCUUUAGAGCCUAGUUGACCAGAUGCACCUGGUGGAGAUUGUCCCAAGGCUGCCCCCUUGCCCAGCCCCACUUAGUCUCAGGGCCUGGCCCCAGCCCCAACCAAUUCCUCUAUGGCCGUGCCUUAUCUUUGCACCUGCACCUGGUACUGGGGCCCAGCAACCGCCACGUGGCAGCAGGUCCUUGGCUGUCCCCCCUCGUUAUCUGCCCCCACCCCCCUCCCUGGGGCACAGACACCAGGCGGCAUUGCUCCCAACCAUGAGACUAAACUCCCUCCUUCUGCUCUUUUUGCUCACUGUAAGGGCCUGGGCCCUGGAUGGGGAGGAGGGGGGGGAGGCGGAGGCCGAGGCUCCGGAAGAGCCCACCCCGGGACCCCCCUCUGAUGAACUCGUGGAGGAGGACGACAUCUUGGUCCUCACCCAGCACAACUUUGCUCGGGCUCUACGGGAACACCGCUACCUGCUGGUGGAAUUCUAUGCCCCCUGGUGUGGGCACUGUAGGGCUCUGGCCCCUGAAUAUACCAAAGCGGCAUCCUUGUUGAAGAAUGAAUCCUCAGAGCUGAAGCUGGCCAAGGUGGAUGGCCCUGCGGAGAAGGAGCUGGUGGAAGAGUUUGGGGUGACUGGGUACCCCGACCUCAAGUUCUUCCGAGAUGGAAACAGAUCCCACCCUGUGCUGUUUACAGGCCCACGGGAGGCCGAGGGCAUCGUCCGUUGGCUGAAGCGACGUUUGGGGCCCAGUGCCACUCGGCUGGAGACUGAGGCUGAAGCCGCACAACUCAUUGAUUCCCAGGACAUUGUCAUCAUUGGGUUCUUCAAGGACCUCCAGGAUGAAGAUGCGGCUGCGUUUCUGGCCAUUGCCGAGGAUGCUGUGGAUUUGACCUUUGGUCUCACCGAUCGACCAGAGCUUUUCCAGAAAUAUGGCCUGAGCAAGGACACGGUGGUCCUCUUCAAGAAGUUUGACGAGGGCCGUGCAGAUUUUCCCGUGGAUGAGGAGCUAGGAUUGGACCAAGCAGAUCUCUCUCAUUUCCUUGUUGUGCAUAGCAUGCACCUGGUCACAGAAUUCAACAGCCAGACAUCCUCCAAGAUCUUUGAGGUCAGGAUCCUCAACCACCUUCUGCUCUUCAUCAAUCAGACGCUUAGCCCACACAAGGAGCUUCUGACAGGUUUCCAGGAGGCUGCCCCUCUUUUCAGGGGAGAAGUCUUGUUUGUGGUGGUGGAUGUGGCCGGAGAGAAUGACCACGUGCUGCAGUACUUUGGCAUGAACGCCACAGAUGCCCCCACUCUGCGGUUUAUCAAUGUUGAGACCACCAAGAAGUACGUGCCCAACACCGGAGAGAUCACGGCCGCCUCUGUCACCGCCUUCUGCCAAGAUGUCCUGAGUGGCAAAAUCAAGCCCCACCUCCGGAGUCAGGAGAUCCCGGCCGACUGGGACCAGAAACCUGUCAAGGUCCUUGUAGGGAAGAACUUUGAGCAAGUAGUCUUUGAUGAGUCCAAGAAGGUGUUUGUGAAGUUCUAUGCCCCAUGGUGUACCCACUGUAAGGAGAUGGCCCAGACCUGGGAGGACCUAGCAGAGAAAUACAAAGACCAUGAGGACAUCAUCAUUGCAGAACUUGACUCCACAGCCAAUGAACUGGAGGCCUUUGCCAUCCGGGGCUUCCCCACCCUUAAAUAUUUCCCAGCUGGGCCAGGCCGGAAGGUGAUCGAGUAUAAAAGUGCCAGGGACUUGGAGACCUUCUCCAAAUUCUUAGACAAUGAUGGUGUCCUGCCGGAACCAGAGAACCCUGAGGUCCCCCUCCCGGAGGCUGGAACCAAUGAGAGCAAAGGACACAAAGAUGAAUUGUAGCUGGCUCCUUCCUUCUCCUCAGUCAUUCAUCCCAGAGGUCCUGGAGAAUUCGGAACUUUUAAAGUUGAAGCCCCUCAGCUCUUGACUUCGUGCUGCUCUCCCCUCUCCCCUCUCCCCUCUCCCCACUCCCGUGGGCACCUAAUGUUCAUUCUGUCCCCUUCCUCACCUUUUAGUAUUUUGGGUAGGGUCCUCGGGGGAGCAGCAGGCAGAGAUGUGAGUACUGGGGGAGUCUAGCCCCCUGUCUGGAGAACCAUCUGACACCAUUGGGGCCUCCCUAAUAAAGGUUUUGAGCCCAA